AUGUUUCAACCAUAUGUUUUUCUUCUUGGACCGAUUGUCCUCCUUGUCAUGGCCUGUAACACACAUUCUACGCUGCGAUAUCCUCCCUUACAACAGUCUCGUAACAUGGCUCUUCGCCAGCGACUUUGCAAGCCGGCAUGGCAUUUUUCCAGGCUUUUCGAUUACUUCUCCAUGUCCUCCUUCAUGCAUGAUCUCCUAUUCAUGCCUCUGGUUAACUGCAUUACAACCCAUCACUUCUUACUAUCCGCCGCGAACCAACUGCCCAAGCCUAAUCGCUCCACUCGAGACAAGGACACAACUCACUCGCACACCAAGCAUAACACCGGAGUCUAUCCUGAUAUGCAAUCGUAUAUGCACCGCUCGCCGAUUCAGCCCACAUCAGCACACCUACAUGAACCACAUCCGAUUGCGUCGAGCUCACACACCAGACGGUGUCACUGUACCAGCAUUCCAAAGAGAAAAAAAAAACCCCGAACCAGUACAUUUGACGUGCAGAAAAGCCUACUUCGGUGA